GAGCAUGGCUAGGGCCGCGGCCGCUCUGCUGCCCCUCGUUCUGCAGCUCACGGGCCUGGCACUGGCCCCGGGGACCGGCAGAGGAGGGGCCAUCCCCAGGGAGUCUCUGGGGCUUGCUGACAUCCACGACUAUCAGCUGCAGGCGCCCGCCCACUCCUCAGCCCCUGCUGGGGCCCCCCAGAAGCAGUGGCGCCCCCUGGAGGAGCGACUGGGAAGGCUGGAGGCUGAAGUCACAGAGCUCAGAGAACAGAACAAAGACCUGCAGGGGAGGGUGAGGCAGCUGGAGUCCUGUGAAUGCCACCCGGCUUCGCCCCAGUGCUGGGGGCUGGGUCGGGCCUGGCCCGAGGGGGCUCGCUGGGAGCCUGACGCCUGCACAGCCUGUGUCUGCCAGGACGGGGCCGCACACUGUGUCCCCCAGCCUGGGCUGCCCCAUUGCCAUGGCUGCAGCCACAACGGUCAGGCCUAUGGCAAUGGGGAGACCUUCGCCACAGACGCCUGUACCACCUGCCGCUGCCUGGAAGGAGCCAUAACCUGCACCCAGAAGCCAUGCCCAAGAGGACCCUGCCCGGAGCCGGGCGCGUGCUGCCCGCACUGCGAGCCCGGCUGUACUGGAGGCCACAGGAGUGGGGAAACGUGGCAACUGGAGCCCUGUGUCAUCUGUACCUGUCAGGCAGGGACGGUGCAGUGCCAGGGGCCCUCAUGCUCAGAGCUCAACUGCCUGGAGAGCUACACCCCACCUGGGGAGUGCUGCCCCAUCUGCCGGCCAGGCUGUGAGUAUGAGGGGCAGCUUUAUGAGGAGGGGGCCAACUUCCUGUCCAGCUCCAACCCUUGUCUCCAAUGCUCCUGCCUGAGGAGCCUGGUUCGCUGUGUGCCCAUGAAGUGCCCGCCCAUCCCCUGCCCUGAACCAGCCCUGAGGCCCGGGCACUGCUGCCCGACCUGCCAAGCCCAAGGCUGCACAGAAGGCGGUUCUCACUGGGAGCAUGGCCAAGAGUGGACCACACCUGGGGACCCCUGCCGGAUCUGCCAGUGCCUGGAGGGCCACAUCCGGUGCCACCAGCGAGAAUGUGCCAGCCUGUGCCCAUACCCUGCCCGGCCCCUCCCGGGCACCUGCUGCCCUGUGUGCGAUGGCUGUUUCCUAAAUGGGCGCGAGUACCGCAGCGGGGAGCCCGUGGGCUCUGGGGACCCCUGCUCCCACUGCCGUUGUGCCAACGGGAGUGUCCACUGUGAGCCUCUGCCCUGCCCACCGACGCCCUGCAGACACCCAGGCAGGAUCCCUGGGAAGUGCUGCCCAGUCUGUGACAGCUGUGAGUACCAGGGACACCAGUAUCAGAGCCAGGAGACCUUCAGACUCCAAGAGAGUGGCCGCUGUGUCCGCUGUUCCUGCCAGGCCGGCGAGGUCUCCUGUGAGGAGCAGGAGUGCCCGGGCGCCCCCUGCACCCUGUCUGACUCUGGCCCCCAGCUCUGCCCAGCCUGCGUGCUUGGUGGAGAGGAGUUUGCUGAGGGGGUCCAGUGGGAGCCUGAUGGUCAGCCUUGCACAACCUGUUCCUGUCAAGCUGGGGUGCCCGUGUGCAGGGCUUUGCUCUGCUCCCCAGCCCCCUGCCAGCACCCCACCCAGCCCUCCGGUGCCUGCUGCCCCAGCUGUGAGAGCUGCAACUACCACGGCCAAGUGUACGCCAACGGGCAGAACUUCACAGAUGCAGACAGCCCUUGCCACACCUGCCACUGUGAGGAUGGGACCGUGACAUGCUCCUUGGUCAACUGCCCUCCCACAACCUGUGCCAGGCCCCAGAGUGGACCCGGCCAGUGCUGCCCCAGGUGCCCAGACUGCAUCCUGGAGAAACAAGUGUUUAUGGAUGGCGAGAGCUUCUCCCACCCCCGAGACCCCUGCCAGGAAUGCCAGUGCCGGGAAGGCCAUGCCCACUGCCAACCUCGGGCCUGCCCCAGGGCCUCCUGUGCCCACCCGCUGCCUGGUCCCUGUUGCCAGAACAACUGCAACGGCUGUGCCUUUGGUGGGAAAGAGUACCCCAACGGAGCGGACUUCCCCCACCCCUCUGACCCCUGCCGCCUGUGUCGCUGUCUGAGCGGCCACGUGCAGUGCCCGGCCCGCCGCUGCCCGCCCUUGCCCUGUCCAGAGCCGCUCCUGUUGCCAGGAGAGUGCUGCCCGCAGUGCCCGGCCACCCGCUCUGGCUGCCCUCGGCCCGGGGGCGGGGUCCCCGUCCGCCACCAGGAGCACUUCUCCCAGCCCGACGACCCCUGCCGCCACUGCCUCUGCCUCAACGGCUCCGUGUCCUGCCAGCGGCUGCCCUGCCCACCGGCGCCCUGCGCCCACCCGCGCCAGGGGCCCUGCUGCCCCUCCUGUGACGGCUGCCUGUACCAGGGGAAGGAGUUCGCCAGCGGCGAGCGCUUCCCUUCGCCCACUGCCCGGUGCCACGUCUGCCUCUGCUGGGAGGGCAGCGUCAGCUGCGAGCCCAGGGCCUGUGCCCCGGCACAGUGCCCCUUCCCUGCCAGGGGUGACUGCUGCCCUACCUGUGAUGGCUGUGAGUACCUACGGGAGUCCUACCUGAGCAGCCAGGAGUUUCCGGAUCCCCGAGAGCCCUGCAAUCUAUGUACCUGUCUCGGAGGCUUCGUGACCUGCAGCCGCCGGCCCUGUGAGCCUCUGGGCUGCAGCUACCCGCUCACCCUGUCUGGGCACUGCUGCCCGACCUGCCAGGGAUGCCUCUAUCAUGGGGUCACCGCCGCCCCCGGAGAGACCCUUCCUGACCCGCUCGACCCCACCUGCUCCAUCUGCACCUGCCAGGAAGGCUCCAUGCGCUGCCAGAAGAAGCCGUGUGCUCCAGCUCUGUGCCCCCAUCCCUCCCCAGGGCCUUGCUUCUGCCCUGUUUGCCACAGCUGCCUCUCUCAGGGCCAGGAGCACCAGGACGGGGAGGAGUUUGAGGGGCCCACAGGCAGCUGUGAGCGAUGUCGCUGUCAGGCUGGCCAGGUCAGCUGUGAGCGGCUGCAGUGCCCACCUCUGCCCUGCCCACUCCAGGUCACAAAGCCGGGGAGCUGCUGCCCUCGCUGCAGAGGCUGCCUGGUUCAUGGGGAGGAGCACCCUGAAGGCAGUAGCUGGGAGCCCCCCAACAGCCCCUGCUCCUCCUGCAUGUGUCAUGAGGGUGUCAUCACCUGUGCCCACGUCCAGUGUGUCACCUCCUGUGCCCAGCCUCACCUGGGGCCCCAUGACUGCUGCCCUCGAUGCUCUGACUGUGAGCAUGAGGGUCAGAAGUAUGAGCCCGGGGAGAGCUUCCAGCCUGGCACAGACCCCUGUGAAGUGUGCACCUGUGAGCUGCAGCCUGAGGGAACUCCCAGCCUUCGCUGUCACCGGUGGCAGUGUCCCAGCCUGGUGGGCUGUCCCGCCAGCCAGCUCCUGCCCCCUGGGCCCCAGCACUGCUGCCCCACCUGUGCCCAGCCGCUGAGUGCCUGCACGGAGCACCUGCGGGGGUCUAAGCUGGCCCCGCCAGACCCCUGCUACACCUGCCAGUGCCAGGACCUGACUUGGCUCUGCAUUCACCAGGCCUGUCCUGAGCCCAGCUGUCCCCUGUUGGAGCGCCAUACCCCCCCUGGGAGCUGCUGCCCCGUGUGCCAGGAAUGUGUGGUGGAAGCUGAGGGCCGGAGAGUGGCAGAUGGAGAGAGCUGGCAGGACCCCAGUGACGCCUGUAUCACUUGCACCUGCCAUGUGAGCUGGAGGUGGGAGGGUGAGGGUGGAGGACCUGAGAGAUGGAUAAAGGGAGGAGCCUCCGGUCACUGGACCAGAGAAUAUGGGGUCUUCGAGCGGGGCCGCGUGGAGUGCCGCCUGGAAGAGUGCCAGGCCCUCUCCUGCCCCCACGGCUGGGCGAAGGUGCGGGAGGCUGGCAGGUGCUGUGAGAGAUGCCAAGCCCCCGCCCAGUCGUGCGCGCACCAGGGCCGGCAGGUGGCCUCCGGGGAGCGCUGGGCCGUGGACGCCUGCACCAGUUGCUCCUGCGUAGCCGGCGCCGUGAGCUGCCAGAGCCAGCGCUGCCCGCCGCUCUCCUGCGGGCCCGACGAGGCCCCCUCCCUGAGUCCCGGCAGCUGCUGCCCCCGCUGCCUGACCCGGCCCGCUUCCUGCAUGGCCUUCGGAGACCCUCAUUACCGCACCUUCGACGGCCGCCUGCUGCACUUCCAGGGCAGCUGCAGCUACGUGCUGGCCAAGGACUGCCGUGGAGGGGACUUUAGCGUGCACGUGACCAACGAUGACCGGGGCCGGAGCGGCGUGUCCUGGACCCACGAGGUGGCCGUGCUGCUGGGAGACGUGGCCGUGCGGCUGCUGCAGGCCGGGGCGGUCACGGUGGAUGGGCGCCCCGUCGCCUUGCCCUUCUUGCAGGAGCCUCUGCUGUAUGUGGAGCUGCGGGGGCGUACGGUGAUGCUACACGCCCAGCCGGGGCUCCAGGUGCUGUGGGAUGGGCAGUCCCAGGUGGAGGUGAGAGUGCCUGGCUCCUACCGGGGCCAGAUUUGUGGGCUCUGUGGCAACUUCAAUGGCUUUGCCCAGGAUGAUCUGCGGGGCCCUGAGGGGCUGCUCCUAUUCACUGAGGCUGCGUUUGGGAAUAGCUGGCAGGUGGGAGACGGCCGGACCUGUCCCUCAGGCCUCGAACUGCCCACCGUGCUGCUGCAGAUGGAGCGGAGCCGGCGGGCCCAGGAGCAGCUCCUGUGGGAUUUGGAGCUGCUGACCGGGGCGGGGCUGGGCCUCUCCUGCCCCCCCUGGGCCCAGUUCUGCGGUCUGAGGGACCAGGCCCGGUGUGCGUGGAGCCAGUGCAGCAAGCCCCGUGGUAGGACGCAUGGGGGCUCUGAGCGGCUGACGAGUGGGAAUUCCGGGCUGUGCCCAUCGCCCCAGGCUGAGGACUCCCUGAGCCAGGACCGUCAGCUCCUGGAGGGGGGGCUGGCAAAGGACCCAUCGUCAGCCCUGGAUCUGAGUGAAGCCAGGUUUGAUGCACACCCAAGGUGGGAGAGCCCUGGCAUACCUGCAGAAGGGCCCACAUCUGGCUGCUCACAAGAGCUGAACCUCACCACCAGCAGUAGCUUUGGAGAACCAGGAAGCUCAGAGUUCAAGGAGCUGGCCCAGAGGGAAGACGGAGAGCUAGCAGGGCCCAUGCCCCAGAGGUCCCAUCAACCACCAUCCAGAAGCCUCCAGGAGAAGAAGCUGGCUCAGGGAGCCCCAGGGCCCUCAGGCCUCCCCUCCCAGGGCCUGCCAGAACCCCAGGAUCCCCUGGAGGGGCUGGGCUGGAGCCUGGGCCAGGAGAGAGCAGAACUAAAGAAACUGCUAAGAACUGAGAUUCCUCAGAGUCAGAGAGAGGAGGCCCCUCAGGAUCAGAGAGGGAAGGCCCUCCAGGGGGAGGACAAGGAAGUUCCUCAAAGUAAGAGAGAGAAGACAAAGGAGGGUCAGAGUGGGGAGGCCCCUCAGGCUCUGAGGGAAGAGGUCUCGGAAGGUCAAAGGUGUGAGAACAAAGAGGCUCCUCGAGGUCAAAGCGGAAGUCGCCUUAAGUGCCGGAGAAAGGAGGCCUUCCCGGAGCAGAGUGAGGAUUCUCCUCAGGGCCCGGAAGUGAAGAUGCUUCAGUCUUCGGAGCGCAGAGGCCGUGUCUCACAAGCCUGGGAGGUGGCUCGGGGAGAGGCACCUAUGCCAUCCCGGGAGGAAGGCGGCCCCCUGGGAAUUCCGGAGGGCUUCUGCAGGUCCCUGGGAGAACAGACGCCGCAGCCUGGGGGAAGGGAGGGCCCGGACCCGCGGGGAAGGACCACCCAGCUGAGGCAGGUUAAGACCGGUGGCCCGAGAGGAGAGAGCGCAGCGGCCGUGAGAGAGCAGGGGCCCGCCCGGUAA